AUGCAGAAUAAGGCGCUAGAAAGCCGUGGCUGGAGAUGCAUCGAGCUAGAAGACGGCUCCCGUCAUCUCCACUUUUCGAGCCCUUCAGUCGGCCUUGGCGAUGUUGGAGAAUUAAUCGAGUACGACCGCGGUGGAGAAAUUCAUCGAGGAACUCUGGUUGCCACUUCGGAGAUGGGAGUCACUUCGAUCGAUCUUUUCAAUGACAUUUUGGUGUGCGAAGAAGACUUGGGAGUGUUGCUCAAGAAUCAGGGGAUUUCACCGUUGCCCAGUAAAGCAGGGUUAUUGAUUCAGGCAUAUCUAGUCUUCGCCCGAGAAGCUCAAGUCGACGUCUUUGAUCCCAUCAACAUCUACCCCAAAUCCGACCAGCCGCUUGAAGAAACCAUCAUCAUCGACAACACGGAAUCGAUCUGCUUCGAAGACCACAAAGUCGAAACCGCAAGUCCAGUAAGAAGACCUCCGAGAAGAGCGCAAAUCCAAGCGCAAGAAAUAACGAUUGACCAGGAUACGUUUGACUCGCUCGAUGAUGAUCAGAAUUACGAGCCAAUUGAAGAUAUGGAUGAUGAUCAAGAACAAGAAUACAGGCCGCCGAAGAAAUCUGUCAAGACCGAAAAAGACUCGCGAAAGAAAGCCGAGAAAACAAAAAAGCCAAAACCGACCGGAAACGAUAGUCUCACCUUCGCAGAAAAAAUGGUCGCCAUCCGCCAAGCCUGCAUUCACUGCGGCGGGAAUCCCGAAACUCUUUCUUCCUGGGAUCAGCGAUCGUACGAAACGACCAUGUCGAAACAUCUCUUCGAAGAACACCAGAUAAAGGAUGAAAUUUACCAGGAAGACGAGUAUCAUGAAAAAUUGAACGAAAACUACCCCGAAAAUCCGGAAAAACGAGAAGUGGAUGGGGUCAAGAUGAACAAAUGCCCAAAAUGCCCGGCUAUGCUGAAGCGAGACAUCGACUACAGGAAGCAUCUUCAAUGGCACGAUCUCCUCGAUCGGUCGGGAAAACUGCAGCAAGGAGAACUCUACCCUUGCAUCCACUGCCCUGCGUUUUUCGAAUCAGUUGGCUCGCAUAGAACUCACGAGGAUCAAGUUCAUCCAUUUAUAAAAUUCAAGUGCAGAGCUUGUGACAAGUCUUUUUCGACAAGACAAAAUAGGGGCCAGCAUUGGAGUUUGAUGCAUCGAAUCGACGCCUGCGAAACCUGCGAAUUCUGCGGAAAGGUCUUCAACAACAAUCGCCAGCUAAGAGAGCAUAUCCGAAGCCAUGACGAGUCGAAAUCCUGCACUUGCGAACUUUGCGGCAAGGCUUUCAAGAAUCCGUACGCGCUGAAAAAGCACAUGCGGUGGCAUCAAGACGCAACGAUCAAAUGCGAAAUUUGCGACGAUAAGUUCGUGUACUCCGACGCGCUGGAAACGCAUUUGGUUCGCGUUCACAACAAGCCGAGAAAAUUCACCUGCGAGUUCUGCGGCACUCAGUUUAUUCAUCAAAAGCAUUGGAGAAGACACUUGAACAAGCACAACGCCAGUCCGGAUAAAGUGUAUCCAACGCAGACGAUCAGGAGGGGUUACACGAAGAGCUCGAAUAAAUACUGGGAGGACAAAAAGCUUUAUCCAGGCCUGAAUUUGUUGAAACGAAAUCAGAACAAGAAAAUCAGCCCGAAGACCAACCAAGAAAUCGUUGUUGCCACUUCUCAGUCGCUCCAGCAAGUCGUCAGUCAAGAGCAAAUUGUGCACUUCAAAAAUGGGCAGCCCAUUGCUACGACUUGGCGAACCAUUCCUGUUCAAGGUGGAGGAAGUCCUGUUCAAGUCAAUCAAGUUUUUCCUGUCGACGGGCAAAUUGGGCCAUUUUCUGUUCAGCAAAAUAAUCAGUGA